CCAGUUCUGUGAUGGAAGGCAGUGGCAGUGGAUUGACUGUAGAGCUGGCCUCCCCUGGACCUUGUGUGGCUGGCAUGGAGGGGAACACCAGUGGGCAGGUGUUUGAGGUGGCGCUGCAGAACAGCUCCUCGUCCAAACGUAGCCCUCAGUUUGUGGGGGUGGAGCUGCUGAAGUCCUUCAAGCUGCUCAUCAUCCCCUGCUACAUCCUGGUGGUGCUGAUCGGGGUGUUCGGCAACUACCUUCUGCUCUACGUCAUCUGCCACACCCGUAAGAUGCACAACAUCACUAACUUCUUCAUUGGAAACCUGGCCUUCUCCGACAUGCUGAUGUGUGCCACCUGUGUCCCCUUCACCUUGGCCUAUGCCUUCAACCCCCGCGGCUGGAUUUUUGGGAGGUUCAUGUGCUACCUGGUUUACCUCAUCCAACCAGUGACCGUCUACGUGUCUGUCUUCACUCUCACUGCUAUUGGUGUUGACAGGUACUAUGCCACAGUUCACCCUCUGAAGAAGCGGAUCUCAGUGCUGGGGUGUACCUACCUCCUAUCUGGGAUUUGGCUGCUCUCCUGUGGGCUUGUGGCCCCGGCCGUGGCCCACACCUACCAUGUGGAGUUCAAGAAUGAUGGCUUUACCAUCUGUGAGGAGUUCUGGAUGGGCAAGAAGAGAGAGAGGUUGGCCUACGCAUACAGCACACUUUUCAUGACCUACGUCCUGCCUCUGUCUGCCCUCUGCAUCUCUUACCUCUGCAUCUCUGUCAAGCUCCGUAACUGUGUGGUGCCUGGCCACCGCACCCAGAGCCAGGCCGAGGCCCAGCGCACCCGCAAGCGCAAGACCUUCCGUCUGAUCACCCUGGUGGUGGCGGCUUUCGGCGUGUGCUGGAUGCCCAUCAGUGUGUUCAACGUGCUGCGGGACAUUGACAUUGACCUGAUCGACAAGCGCUACUUCCUGCUCAUCCAGCUGCUGUGCCACUUGUGUGCCAUGAGCUCGUCCUGCUGUAACCCUUUCCUGUAUGCCUGGCUGCAUAACCGCUUUCGUGCCGAGCUGCGCAAGAUGUUCACCUGCCACCGCCGCAUCGGCAUCCCUGCUAACCACUGUGCCACAAACAGCGUGAACCCCUUCAUCCCACCCUCCCACCCACCCGCACAGGAUUUGUUCAGAGAAUGGUCUUGAAACCAGCUGAAAUAUUUUUGGUCAGGGUUUUUGUACUGUAAGA